AUGCAAAUAAAUGUUACGCUACCGCUGAGAUGGGCUCAAUGUUGGGGCUACGCAAUCAUCCUGAUGCUGGUGAACUUGAUUGUAAUAUUUCCGCUUUCCGCGUUUCUCUUCCAAGAUUUCUACUCGCGGAUGAUCCCAGCAGACUCGGUACAAACCAUCCCUUUUUCUGAAAGCAGAAAGGAGAUGGGCAAUCGGAGUGGAAAUAUUAAAACCACGUUCCAGUUCGAUGUGGAACGUUAUUCCAGCGAUACUGCGAUCUUGCCACAUGUGGCAGCUAACGGAUUUGCUCAAAAUGUUCCACUAAGAGCAGAUAUUCCGUACAACGUUAAUCUGGACCUCAAUGUUUUUUGCCUAAACAAAGUCACUGAUCUUAGUGUAAGGGAUGCUGAGAUCACCAUAUCGGUAUCGACCUCAAAAAAGCUGGCUGAAUCUGUGGUAUUCCGGAAGACUCUAAUAUUUAGUUGUGCAAACACGAGGGAUAUUCCCAGUUUGUGCGAAAACAAUAGGUUAUCCUCUACCUUUGCAAAUCAAGUCCAGAAAGAGUUAGUGAACUCUUUUCAUUUGGAUAAUCCUAUCUUUAUAGAGCACGACAUGAAGAGCUUGGAACUAUCUUUGAAAUUCGCAGGAAAUGCCAAUCUAAUCGUUGAUCCCAACACUUCUUUGCUCACAUUCUCCAUGAACUUUUAA